CUGGCGCCUCCGGAGAAAGAAGGAGGAAGAAUGGGAGAGAGUGAACCGAUCGGUUGGUCGCGAACCUCGAGAAUAAAGUGUGUCGAGGUCUUUUCACGGACAGUCGUUUCGUGGCUCGUCCCGUGCAACUGUGAUUGCUUCCUUUACUUAUCUCUUCUUUCUUUUCUUUUUUACUGUCGGUGUUGUGCCUUCUCCCCGCCACAAUUAUCUCAUUCUCUUUCUCUCUUUCUUUCUCUCCCUCUUUCUAUUUCACUCGCCGCUUUCGACGCAUCAUGCAUAACUCGCCGGCAGUACUCUCCGUGACAAUUCUUAGCUAAAAUAGUUCGGCCGUGUCUCUCGUUCGGCCCUGGGUGUCACAGAUGCCAUUCGCGACAUUGUAAACAAACAAACGCCGGGGGAUGUCCUAAAUAAAUUUUUCCCUCUUCUCUUCGAACGAAGAUGUCUUCAUCAAUGGCCCUGAGCCUGUGCAUAAUAUGGAGUCUAUUUGCUAGUUCUAUCUCAUACACCGAAGAAUUCGUGCAUUACCGCACUUAUCCGUACGGAUACAGAAACUUGUACGUCUCGCCGAUGAGAGGAUGGCAAUCCUGGGAUGCCUCCCCUGGACCGAGCAGAUCAGACAAGCCGAUGUAUGCCCGCAGGGACACGCAAAGUCCAUAUACGCACCUGAUGAAGAUAGAGCACGAGCAUAGUGAUCCUCUGGCAACCAUCAGCGAGACUCUAGGCGCCUUGAACACCGUAGGCAAUUAUAUCGUUAAUAUGACGAGAGGCGUCGAAAUCUUAAAUUAUCCGCCGAAGGAAUUGCCCUCAGCAUUGUACACCAUCUCCAAAAAUAUUUUGGGUCGCAAUGUGACGGAUAGUAUAGCGCCCUUAGUACGUAGCGUUGCAUUACCACUGAGGCAAACAAUCACGUCUUCUACACAAACGCCGUCGAUCCAACAACAACAGUCUGGGGAAGAACUUGUAAACAGAGACAGGAGAGAGGAGUCCUCUUUAUCUGUAUGCACGACUGCUGACGGUGGAUCUGGCAAGUGCCAGGAUCUCAGUAAUUGCCCGCAAUUGUUACUUGAUUUUAAUAAGCUGAGGCUCUCGUGGUGCUUUAAGAGGCUAAUUGUGCCAGGAGUUUGCUGCCCAGUAGACAAAAUCAACAAUCCUUCUAUUCCUAAUAUCACUGGAGGUGUAUCUUCCGGGAUCAAUGUUGGACAAUCUUCACGACCAACGAUUCGGCCAACGAAAACCUCUACACCACGUCCAAUACCGCUUUACCCAGUGACAUCCUCGACGACAAGACCUACAACGCAUACUGUCCUGUCGCCAGUCUCGUUGGUCAAUAAUACGAGUGACUUCGAAACAAUAGCGACAAUUGACAACAAUUUUAUUCAAGACGAUAAUGAGUGCGGGAUGAUAUAUUCAGGUGGUCGAGGGCGAGUGGUCGGGGGAGAAGAUGCGCCAUCUGGUCGUUGGCCUUGGAUGGCGGCGAUCUUCCUUCAUGGCUUCCGGCGAACGGAAUUCUGGUGCGGAGGAUCAUUAAUAGGACCACGCCAUAUCCUCACCGCUGCUCAUUGCACGCUUGAUCAGCAUCAGCGACCCUUCUCUGCUCGCCAGUUUACUGUGCGUCUUGGCGAUAUCGAUCUGGAAAACGAUGAUGAGCCCUCAUCACCAGCGACUUAUGCGGUAAAGCAAAUUCACGCGCAUCGAAAAUUUUCACGUGCUAAUUUUCACAACGAUAUCGCCGUCCUCGAACUCACCAGCCUCGUAAGAAGAUCGCCAUAUGUGAUACCCAUUUGCUUGCCACGGUUUCGUGGAGAUUUGUUGGUCGGCACCAGACCAACGGUCGCCGGUUGGGGCAACACUUACUACGGUGGAAAAGACAGCUCCGUUCUACAACAGGCGGUCUUACCUGUGUGGAAGAAUGAGGAUUGCAACAUGGCUUACCUUCAACCAAUUACUAACAAUUUUUUGUGCGCCGGCUAUAAGCAAGGUGGCAAGGACGCGUGUCAAGGUGAUUCGGGUGGACCAUUGAUGUUGCGGAUUAAGGAUCGAUGGACACAAAUUGGCAUUGUCUCGUUCGGAAAUAAAUGUGGAGAACCCGGCUAUCCUGGAGUGUAUACGCGUGUCUCCGAAUAUAUUGACUGGAUUAAAGAUAAUAUCAAGUGAUAGAUGAUGCGGCAGAAUAUUUAUACUAUUGAGCAAAAGUAUUUGCCC